GAGAAGCCUUAGGGCGACUUACAAAAAGGGCCUUUUCAAGCAUGCUAAAAACAAAAACCAUUUCAUAUAAUCAUGUCUUAAGCUCCAUGUCUUCAUCUACCACAUUCCUUUAUAUUGCAUCAUAUCUCAUAUUUGUUUAUUUUUGUUUUCAGAAAUCGUAUGCGUAUGAGCCGGAGGUUCAGCUAUUGAGAUUCAUCGAGUACCUUGAGAGAACACUUUCCGCUGUGCAAUUUCCAUGGGCGAAUAUGUUCAAGGAGUCUCCUUUGCCCAAGCUGAUCGACGUGAUCGAUGUUCCUUUAUCGCAAAUUCCCGACCCUGUCUACAAAACAUCAGUCGAUUGGAUCAACCAUCUUCCUCUUAUGACACUAUGUGGCUUUGUUUUGUGGGCGUUUAAUCAUAUUCUCACUUAUUUGGCAGCAGCACAACUAGGACAUACCAAAGGUGGGGAGAAGGGUGCGCAACAUACGUCUUCCAAGUCUCGGGUAGCAAUAUUUGUUGCAUUAGCAAUGGUAUUGCGUAACAGACCUAAUGCUUUGGCUAUUGUAUUGCCGACUCUGAGGGAGAAGCGUAAGUAUCAAGGACAUGACAAGCUUCCGAUUACAGUUUGGAUGAUGGCUCAGGCCUCCCAAGGUGAUUUAUCUGUAGGCUUGUAUUCAUGGUCGCGUAACUUGUUACCACUAGUCGGUAGCAACCCUCAGUCAAGGGAUCUCAUCCUGCAGUUGGUUGAGAAAAUUUUGUCGAAUCAAAAUGCUCGGACUAUACUUGUAGAUGGAGCUGUUGAAGAGGGACCACGACUGAUUCCACCUCUUUCAUUUGAGAUCUUGCUGCGGCUUACAUUCCCUGCUUCAUCCGCAAGAGUAAAGGCUACAGAGAGGUUUGAGGCAAUUUAUCCUUUGUUGAAGGAAGUGGCUCUUGCCGGUGCAUCAGGAAGCAAGUUAAUGAAACAAGUCACUGAACAGAUAUUCACUUUUUCUUUGAAAUUAGCUGGAGAAGGAAAUCCUGUUUUAGCCAAGGAAGCUACAGCAAUCGCUAUCUGGUCUGUGACCGAAAAUGUAGAUUGCUGCAGGCUCUGGGAAAAUCUCUAUGAGGAGAACGAAGAAGCUAGUGUUGCUGUUCUUAAAAAGCUUGUAGACGAAUGGAAGGAUCAUUCUCUCAAACUAUCAUCAUCACCAAGUGAUACUCUCACUCUCAGUGGAACUAUGGAGAGCUUAAGGCUAAAGAACGAAAAAGCCAUCACUGAAGGAGGAGCCAAUGGUUCUCUUUACAAAGAAGCUGGCAAGUCUUGCAGAGUGAUCUCGGGGAGACUCUCCCGUGGAAGUGGCUGCCUCAAAGGUACAUCCAUUACUGUUGUGGUUCUAGCUGCUGCAGUUGUACUAUCUUCCAACCUGGAGGCUACAUCCGUGCUGAAGAAGCUGGUGGACUCGGUGGAUCUGCACCUAUACUUCAAUGCAAUCAUCACAGCUUUGAAGAACUAAGAGAGAAAUAUCAUUGUCCUUGCUUUUCUUUUGCUAUGAAUUAGUGCAUAUAUAUAUAUAUGUUAGAUAUGUCAUCAAUCUUGUUGGUUGGUGGGUAUUAUUCACUCAAAUAGAUAUUUAAUGGUUUUACAAAAACUUUUUUCUUGCAUCGUAGAAGUUUGUGUGUGAGCCAAAGAAUUUUUUUAAGCCAAUGCUUCCUCUUAGCGAAGGAACUGGGUUCACCCCUUAAUUCACAUCUUCUAAAUCAUCUCUUCUCUUACUACUAAUAAAAGGUGCUAAUUGAGGCU